ACAACAUCAAACGCGGAAACAGAGACAUCAGAUCUUCCGAAGCCGGACGCAGUUGAUUCUGAGUUUGAUGAGGAGCAGUGCAGUAGUGCUGCUUCUGCUGCUCCCGCUGCCGAUACAGAAGCUGAUGGCACGAACGGUGACAGAACAAAUGACGUGUCGCUUAAUGAGUUAUUGCAAGCGCCUCCGCCACCACCUCUACCUUUCAUGAAUAGAAAGAUGCGUCGGCGUGGCUUCCAUGACCCACCGCGUGCUGCCGAAGCCGAUCUACAAAGUAUUGCUGAAGUUGGACUAGUCAGUCCGGAAAUUCAGGUCAACUUAUUUUAA